AUGAUAAAUAACAGUUCCGCUUCAGCUCUAUCCGAUGAUAAGUUUUCUGCUAAUUAUGUUGACUAUGAUGACUGAUACUCCGGAACUCUCAACUAUAAUAUGAUACUUCAGCCAACUGAAUAUAAUCCGAACUCUUUAUUUGUGAUGCUCUAUUCUCCAAACAGCAGUUGCACAUAUACUUUGGAAAUUCUUCAAAACUCUUCGGCUGUGUGUCCUAAUGAUUGCUCAGGAAAUGGAAAAUGUGUAUCAGGCACAUGCGAAUGCUUGGAAGAUUUCAUUGGAAAAGACUGCAGCAUUCAAGCAACUAGGAUUUCAAGUGAUAAUAACACGGUGUUUUUGGACUUGAAAUCAAAGCAAUCAACGUUUCUAUACUGUUUAAGGAAGAAUAGCUAACUACCACUAGUUAACGAGGAAAACCAUUAGAAAAAUCAUAUAUUGGGAAAAUUAACCCCUUUAGAUCAAUUUUUUAAUAAAAAUAAUUCGAUAUAUAAUUUUAAUAAUGAGACUCCAGACUUUUUUCAAAAGUUUGCAUCAUUUAAAUAUAAUUUUAAAUUAGACUAUAUAUUUAAAUUAUAUUUUUUAAAUUCAGGAAAUAAAUUUUUUUUAUAAAAAAACAACCCCUUGGCAGAGAGCAAAAAAUUUUGUUCGCAAACCAAAGGAGGUAUAAAAAGCAUAUUUAAGCAAGAAAUCUGGUAAGCAAGCUAACCAAAAAUUUUCCUUAUUCCCCCCCCAUUUAAUAACGAACACUGUUUUGUUCGUUUUUAAAUGGGAUCUAACUUAUAAAAUUUUUUGGAAAAAUAUAUAUAAAAAUUAUAUUAAAUAUCUAUGAUUUUUAUAUAAAAAUUUCAAUUAAAUGGUUAAUAAUAAAAGGAGCCAAAUGAUGGCAAAGAAAGAGAAAGCGCCUAAAUGCAGGCGAAAAGAUAACUAUUGCUAACUCCCCCCCUCCGUGAGCGAACGAGAUUUUUUGUUCGCUCACGGAGGGGGGAGUAAAGCACCAGCUUAAGAUUAAGUCACUAGUAACAUAUUAGCUCUUAUUUAUUUAUUUUUUUCUCGAUUAUGCUUGUCCUUAUCUUACUCUAACUACUUAAAAUUAGUAAACUGUAAAGACUAAAUUGGCUUAUAUAAAUUUUAUAAUAAAUUUUGUUCGUUAUUAAAUGGGGUCUAAGGAAAAUUUUAGAAAAAAAAAAUGACGGUUUUGUUCUUUAUUAAAUGGGGGGGAGUUAGUAGGCUAUUCAUAGUAAACUGAUAUAUUCUUUGAUGAAACCGAUGAGGAUGUCGAAAUUAAAUAUAAAGCAUAUUUAAUGAAUGUCGCAAUUUAUACAAAACCUGCUGUGGAUGAUGAUUCUUCAAGAAGCAAUCAAGAGUGCAACUCAAUUUUACCGUCAAUUUAUGAAUACGAAUACGAAGAAACUGGCUCUCAUAUAACUUUUAGAGUAAAAGCAGGCGAUUCUUGGUAUUUUCAAAUAGUGAAUAAUGAUAUAAUAGAAGCAAAUAUAGCGGUCGAUGUAGAAGAAAUAGACGAUGACGAUGAUUCUUCGACAAUGACAAUCAUUUAUUGCACAGCUGGUUCUGGUGUUUUACUCAUUAUCGGGAUAAUAAUUUGCGUUACUUGCAAAUUAAGAUGUUUGAGCUCGGCUAGUCACAUUAAUGAAAGUCCAGGUAUUGAAAAAGCGGCUAUUAAGAGAUAUUUUCCUAAAAAGCUAUACAAAGAUAAGCAUGCAGAUAGUGAAUACCUAGCCUGCCCAAUAUGCUUACUCCCUGCAUUCUUGACCACACAAUUCAUUUUUCGUAAAACUGGAAAAUUAGUCCCAUCCUUAAUUGAGUGAUUUUUAUAUUAGAGAUUAUACCAUAUGAUCGCUCCUAUGCUUUUAGUGCGAUUUCUAGCGUACUUUCUAACAUAUUGCAUACUCAACUCUUAUUGCUAGCUCAUAAAAUAUUUUUUAUAGAAUAACAAUUAAAACAAAUAUAUUAUUUGCUUAAUCAAAAAAAUUUUUAGCUUUGAUUGAAUAGUGGCGAUCGUUUCAAUCAAAAAUUGAGAAGUUAGAUAACUUUUCUCAAGAAGACUAUGUAAGAGAGCUGUAUUGCAAACACAUUUAUCACAAAAAUUGCAUUGACCCUUGGUUUAAAGUAAAAAGUUAUUGCUGCUUAUGUAAAAAAGACUUUAAGCAUCCAGAAAAUUUAACGGGUAUGAAAGAAGGAGUUAAUAUGGUCGAUAACUCACCUCAGAUCGAGUUGCAAGGGAUUUUGAGAAACGAAAAUCAAGAAAGAAGGGCAAGCGAAGAAGCCAAAAAUGAAAAAGAAGAUAAGGAUAUCUUUCCAUAA